AUUUUUCUCACCUCAUCAAGAUAAUUCAGCGUACGGAUUAAAAGUUACGCAUGGUUUUCCCGAUGGAUUUUACGCGGCGCGAUUAAUGUAACCCUCUACAAUCAUUUGGACUACUCUGUUGUAUGAAAUGGUUGUCUAUGUGCUCGGUAUUGUGGGACCAAUAUUCUUCAGCAUCUCUUUGGUGACAUCCGCCCCGACUGCGGACCAGUACCCCCGUGGAGUGGACUGGUUGAGUCGAUAUGGCUACCUCCCCCCACCAGACAUGCGGUCAGGAAGGCUCCACACCAAGGAGACCAUUGAGAGGGCCAUCCGAGAGAUGCAGCGUUUCGCAGGGCUAAAGGAAACAGGAACUCUGGACAGGGCCACAACUGAACUGAUGGAGAAACCUCGCUGCUCUCUACCGGACGUCAUCGGCACUGAAGACCUGCUGAGGAAACGCAAGAAGAGGAAGAGGAAGAAGAGAUACAGCCUAACGGGUCUUAGGUGGCAUAAACAUGAUAUUUCGUGGAGCGUGUUGAACUUCCCGUCCCCGUCUCGCUCCCCCUGGCUGAGGCCAGAGCUGGUGGAGACGCUGUUGACCUACGCCCUACGGGCCUGGGGCGCCCACACCCCCCUGCGCUUCCACCUCGUGCACCCCAAAACCCAGGCCGAGCGGCAGGAGGUGGACAUCGAGGUGUCCUUCCCGAGGGGGUACCAUGACGACGGAUACCCCUUUGACGGCCGAGGGGGCACGCUGGCACACGCCUUCUUCCCUGGGACGGGAGACAUGGCGGGGAAUACACACUUUGACGACGGCGAGCACUGGAGCUAUGGAGGACAUGACAAUGGUACCACAGACCUGUUUGCAGUGGCGGUGCAUGAGUUCGGCCAUGCGCUGGGGCUGUCUCACUCCUCCUACAUCCCCUCCAUCAUGAGGCCGUACUACCAGGGAUCAGUGGGAGACUUCAGACACUACACGCUGCCCCGAGAUGACCAGCUGGGGAUACAGGCACUGUAUGGGAGAGGUGAUUCUACUCUGCCCACACCGGCCAUGCCACAGCUGCCAUCCAUUCCCAGCCAUCUGCCACCCAGACCCACUAACCAUCCUCUGCCAGCCCUUCCUAAUCGCUGCGAUGGGGGUUACGAUGCCAUAGCCAAUAUCAGAGGAGAGGUCUUCUUUUUCAGUGGUAAAUUCUUCUGGCGGGUCCAGCACUCAGGCUCUCUGCUGUCGUUCAUCCCUGCUUUAAUCAAGAACUUCUGGAUUGGCCUUCCUCAUCACAUGGACAGAAUUGACGCUGUCUAUGAGAGGACCAAUGGACAAAUCGUAUUUUUUAUUGGCAAUCAGUACUGGGUGUUUAAGGACAGGGCAGCCCUCCCCGACUACCCCCGUCCUCUGGCCGAGUGGGGCAUGAGGACCUCGGCGGGACACAUCCCAGCCAAACUGGAGGCGGCGUUCGUGUGGGCCCACAACGGGAAAACCUACCUGUUCAGCGGCGGAGAAUUCUGGAGGUUUGACGAGCGGGGCGGAGACAUGAGGCAGGAGGUGGGCUACCCUAAAUCCGCCACGCUUUGGGCCGGCGUGCCCUCACACCCAGACGACAUCAUUAGCUGGGCAGACGGUGACACUUAUUUUUUCAAGGGAUCCUCCUAUUGGGUUCUCAGAAGAGGAGGGCUGAAUGAAGGUGACAUCCAGCCAAAGUCCUCAGCGGUUGAUUGGAUGAAGUGUGACCCUCCUCCUCCUGAACCCUCUGCCCCACCCAAGCCCACCCCACCCUGCUGCUGUCGUGGUCUGGCUCUCUCCCCCUCAGUCCUGCACCUCCUCUCCGCACUGGCCCUGCUCCUCAUGUGCCACCAACGGCCAUAGACUUGAAUACAUACUGUGCUACAUGUCUAUGCCAAUCAUAGAUAUGAACACUAGAUGCAGUAUACAUAGGGUGGAUUCCAAUCUGCUGACUUCCGUCCUCCCUUGCUCACUUGCAUGUUUGUGACCUCAUGAUGAUGUCACUGACGACAGAAAAUUAAUUCAAUAUCUUGCAAAAGCACAAUUCUAAUGUCAUUUUCUCAUUUGCAAUUAGGAUGGUCCCCCAAAAGUUGUUGUGGUUAGGCUGACAGCUAAGAAACUUUAUUGUUUUCUCCACGGAGGUGGGGCCAGAAGGCGGGGUGAGGCCACAAGCACAAGUGGAGGACGAGAGUGUGCAUAUUGGAAUGCACAUAUAACCUUUUGGUAUGGCCCAACUCUGGGUGCCUCCAUCUUGGUCUUGUGUCCUGGUGUCUGAUGUUUUUCAUAGUGUUGUGUAACCGUCACCUAAUGUGCGUAUCGCCUUGUCAGCCAUUGUCUCAGUAUAAAAGAGUGCUCAAUGCUGCAUCAAGUGUUCAUGUAUGCCAAUGACUGUGUAUUAUAACGGACAACAAGGUUCUGGGUCAAGGCCUGCCUCCUCUUGUUGUAUCACUUGUGAAUAGAACAUUUCGGUGGCCAUUAUUAUACACUGUCAUUAUUUUCCACAUGUUCCACCUUUGGUUUCUUUUGAUGGUUUUCAUUGUCAGAAUUUGUAUGUUUUUUAUGUUUUUGAAUGUUUUUUU